AUGCCUAAACUAUAAUUUAUAGUUAAGAUCAUUAAGACUGCUUUUAGUGAAGAUAAAAAAUAAAUUUCAAAUAAUAGAAUAAGAUCUAACAGACAGAGUUUAACUGGUUUAUUAAAUUAGAUUAGGUGAUAGAAUAACUAGUAAAAAAAACAAAAUUUAUUAGAUUGCAAUAAUCUUUUCAAAUCCUAUGAAGGAAACUCUUAGAAACUUAUUUGGAGCAUUAUUAUAAAAAAGAAGAUAUUUAUUUAUGCUUUUGGAAUGAGCCUCUUAGAAAUUGUGACUGUAGUUAAAUUACUUUUGUGUAUUUAAGGGUGGGAUUGGAUAAGUUAUUAAAAAGUAAAUAAUAUUAAAAACCCUAAACAAUUGUGGCAACUCUUAAUGAUAAGAUUAAAAUAAUCAUUUUAGAGUAAUAAGAUAGAAUAAUUUCUAGAUUUAUAAAAUUUCCUGAAAAAAGACCAUUAGUUAUUUAAUUGA